GGCUGAUAAUUCUCUGUAAUAAAUGUAAAACAAAUGGGCUAAAUAAUUAAGAAGAACCAUUUCUGCAUGAUCAAACAGCCUGUGUGGGAGAGGCAGAAGGCUAAGACCCUCAGAUGUCAUCAGAAUUAAUAGAGUGUGCUUCAUGUCUGAGGCUGGUUAGAUAAGGAACAGACCCAGAGGAGGCUGGACCAACUGAAGGCAGCCUGUGUGAGAAGAUAAUAGAAACGAGCCCGCCCUUCAGCCCUGAGCUGUCAGCAGAGCAGUCCUUCAUUUUGACGAAGGAGUCACAGCUGCUGGGUUUCAAGACUCACGCAGAGAGCCAUGGAGGAGAAAGAGGAGUCUGGAAGACUUCAUUUCGUCGGCAAGAAGGAUGAGCUGAUUAAAGCAAAAUGCUCUUUCCGGACUUUGGAGGGUCGAGACGUUCUGAUCAUCUACCAUCAGGGAGUCUUCUAUGCUUUAGACUGCUACUGUUACCAUGCCGGAGGAACAUUGGAGAAUGGAGACAUAGAGGACAUCAACGGCAAGCUGUGCAUAAUUUGUCCAAAGCACAAGUACAAGAUCACUCUGGCCGAGGGGGAGGGCCUGUACAGGGGCAGGAACCCCCAGGAGAAGCCGCCGGUGUUUAGGUGGUACUCCAAGGGGGUGAAGCAGAGGGUCCACACAGUCACAGAGGAAAACGGGGAAAUCUUCGUCAAGCUCGUCAUGAUCCCAAACUGGGUCGAUUCGGACUACUACCAGGGAGAGAAAGGCAAGGUGGAAAGAGCCAAGGCCGAGGAAUCUGACAGGGACAUGCCUGUGAUGAAAGAUGAAGAGGAGGAUGAGUAAAGUUUCUUCUGCUGAUCUCAGAAUGAACUGUGACUUUUGCAAGGAUGUUCACUGAUACAAGCCGAGAUAUGACCUGCUUUAGCGUAGAAGUUUAAAUGAUAUAUAUUUCAUAAAUUAAUCAUUUCAGUCCCACUGGGUAGCCGCAUGUUUCCAUACUCUCUCCCUCAUGAAUUAUGCAGCUGGAUCGAUGUGAUAAAAAGCUUUAUAGUGAUCAAUACAGUCCUGAAGUGGAGAGUCACUUGCAUAAAAAAAUAAAAACAUCAUGCAACAAAAGUGGCUGGUUUUUAAAUUAUUAAUGUAAUAGGUGACACAAAAUAAAACAUUUUGUAGCGUUAAUUGCCUUAUGUUGUACCAUCAUAUGCCUUUCAAUCAUA